AUGGGUAAAAGCAGUAAAGAUAAGAGAGACUUAUAUUACAGAAAGGCCAAAGAACAGGGCUACAGAGCUCGUUCUGCAUUCAAGUUACUGCAACUCGAUGAACAGUUCCAUUUUCUCGAUAAUGUCACUCGUGUAGUUGAUUUGUGCGCAGCCCCAGGCUCUUGGUCCCAGGUUUUGUCUAGACGGUUGUUCGUAGACAAUCCGCAAAAUAAAGAAUCUAAGCGCAUUGUAGCAGUUGACUUGCAACCAAUGUUUCCUAUCGAUCAUGUCACCACCAUUCAGGCUGAUAUUACACAUCCAAAAACCUUGAAUAAAAUCAUGGACCUUUUCGAAGGCGAGAAGGCCGACUUUGUAUGCAGUGAUGGGGCCCCCGAUGUAACUGGGCUACACGAUCUGGACGAGUAUGUUCAACAACAGCUCAUCUUGAGUGCAUUGCAGCUGACUACUUGUCUACUUCGCGAAGGCGGUGUCUUUGUUGCAAAAAUCUUUAGAGGCAGAGAUAUCGACAUGUUAUAUUCUCAAUUGAGCUUUCUUUUUGAAAAGGUGGUCUGUGCAAAGCCUAAGUCAUCCAGAGGAACAUCUCUUGAAAGUUUUGUCGUCUGUAUAGGUUACAAGCCACCAACAAAUUGGAAACCACAACUUGAUGUAAACAUGUCAGUCGAGGACUUUUUUCAAGGUUGCGAAAUUGGUAGAUUAUGCCUCGAAGAUAAGCUUCCAGAGUACCAUGAAGAGCCUCGAAGUAUUGCAGAAUUCAUAUCUUGCGGCGGUCUUGAUAGUUUCGACGCUGAUGCCACCUACCACGAUGUACCUGCUGACUCAACCGCGCUGGAUCCAGUCCAGCCUCCAACAAAUCCACCUUACAAGCGCGCAUUAGAAUUAAAGCGGAAAGGUAAGCUCACAAGAACGACAUAUGUAUAG